AUGGAUCAAAUCUCCAAACCCACCCCCUCGGCGCACGUCAUCCGCCUUAUGGUCCUGGAGACCGACCUGCCUCACCCAGACACCUACUCAGCGCGAGGCUCCUUCGGCCGCAUUGUCCACGAGCAUUUCACCAAAGCCGGACUUGCGCACCACCCACCCCUCGGCGUGGAAACAGACCAAGUCUUUGUCGUAACUGAACGCGGCGGCCGGCUGCCCACAGUGCAAGAUUUCGACUGCUUCGACGGACUGCUCAUCACCGGCAGCAUCUACGACGCCCACGGAAACAACGACUGGAUCCUGCAACUGUUAGACCUCCUUCGAACGCUCUGGAUCGAACGACCCGAUUUCCACUUCCUGGGCGUCUGCUUCGGCCACCAGCUCCUCGCCCGUCUGCUCGGCGGUACUGUCGGACCCGCGCCCUCCCGAGAUUGGGAACUCGGUCACUCCCGCAUUGACCUCACGCCUGUUGGACAGCGGCUGUUCCGGACGUGCGAGGCAUUUGUAUACCUGCACCAGAUGCAUCAAGACCAGGUUGUUGAGAUGCCGAGCGCUGCGACUGCGGGGUCGUUGCUUUCUCCAGAUACGGAGGUUGCGUGCUGGGGGCGGAGUGAGCAUACGCCUGUUCAGGGAUUGUAUAUUGCGAACCGGCUAUUCACAUCGCAGGCGCAUUUGGCGUUUGAUGAGGAUAUGGUGAAGCGGCAGAUUCAAAUUCGGGUUGAUGGGGGUGGGAUUAAGGAUCUUGAGCAUGCGGAUCGGGCGGCGGAGACGGCGCAUCUUGAGCAUGAUGGGGUUGAGGUUGCGAAGGCUAUUAUGCGGUUGUUUGUGUAUGAUGAUGAUGGGAUGGGAUACCCUAGGGUAUGA